AUGCAAGAAUGCUUGCUGCAACAUAAGGCUUUGCCAACUGACAGUUCUCCGUCCGUUCUAGAGGCAGCUUGGGAGAGCAUGACUGGUAAGUAGCAGUAGAAGAGUCGAAAGAGGUCACUCUAAUUUCCGUCUGUUCGAUGGUAGCACCUUUUCAGCUGGUUCACUGCAAAAGCCGGUCUGUCAUCUAGCGCUGUCGUUGCGUCCAUUGGCUGGCAAAACUUCUUGAAUGGCGACGAGUGGGUAAUCAUCGAACUGAGCACAACCAUUAGCAAUGAAUACGGAAGCUGCAAAUAACGAUGUGUAUAUGGUGGCAUAGCAAUUGAAUCCUACCCUUUUAGUCUACCGACUACUGAGUUGCACAUGCCAAAGUUGUGUUAAAAGCAGUGUUUUCUCAGUCUAACAAAGCUUCAAAGACAAACUCAAUCUUUUGAGUCCUUUCCAGGACCAAAAAAGGCAUUGCCAGAACCGGAAGUGUUGUCCAUAUUGAUCGAUUCAACUUAUGUAUUGUUGCUGAUCGCUUCCAAGACUGCCUUAUUUGCAGCACGUCUUAUAGGAGUAUCUACCAGAAAGCACGCAGGGAAUGUUGGGUGACCCACUGAUUAGCCGAACCUCCUCGCAGUAGUGCUUUGAGGUAGCGGAAUGUCUGCUUAACACACGUUUGGGCUUUUACCUAAUGCUUUUGCUGUCAAGUAUGAUAUGGAGUACAACACAGGUUAAUGAAGUUUACUGGGCUUAUUUUGACUACGGCAAGGGAUAAGCAUCUACAACAUCGGGUGAAAACCGACUAGCACUACUUCGGUAAAGAUGCUCGAAGCCCAAUCAAUCUUCUUUAUAAUGAUUUCAGCAUGACAAACUAACCACGGCCUCAUUGAGACUAUCCGUUAUUUUAAAUCAUUCCUGAGUGUCAGUUUAAGCAGAGUGUAAACAUUAAAAGAAUAUGCCCUAAUUGAACGUCCUCGUGAUUAUAUUUAAAAAAACGUACUUAUGUCCUAAAUACUCAGGUUGCUUGAAUUCUAAAACUAAAUGUAUUUCUCUAGUCGUCUCAGAGAUAUCGAAUGAAGGGACUAGUCAGUAAGUCAUAGCUAAUGGGCCGCAAUAACUUAGGAGCAGGACAUCAUGGCAAAUCAGUCGACAAUAGCAGUUUGAGCCCCUCUCUCUUCCAGAGUUGACUCGUCAGGAGCCGUAGAAUUCAAAGUCGGAAAUAGCCACGGCAACGGACUUAGAGAAACCGCUCAAGGACGAAGUACGCGUUAUUUCGUACUGAUUUACCCUAAGGCGUAGACGACAAAGAACAGUACUGUUAGUAAUUAGCGACCUUUUUAAAAAAAAUUUCGCAAAACUCCCACAAACCAAGCUGAAGCCAAAAAUCCGUAUUUCCAUGGCAAAAUUCGUGAAAAGCAUCAUGAUACGCCGGCUUUUUGCUCAAAAAAACAACCAAUACAAUAGCAGCCACAAGUAGCGGCUGUUCUCUGGGUCUGAAAAGCUUUCACUAGGACGACAGUCCAACUUUGACACAUUUAGUAGACAUAAAUGCGUUAUCGCGUUUCAUUCAGUCAUGGGGCUCAAAACCCCCGCCCCCCACCCUUACCUGUCGGAUAAAAGCCUUCCAGAAAUAGACAUUUGGCGAAUCGUCAUGCGCUGGAUUGAGCUGAGUUGCUGUGACGGAGCGUAGCCGAUCUCCCAUGCACCGACGGUCAGAACAAGCCUGCUGCUACUUAGCGAUAUGAUCUGCAUCCUGACUACAUCCGACUUCGGUAAGAUGGUCGAGUAAUGAGUUAGUUAACGGAACUCAGGGUACCAUUAGAUCAGACUGGAAUAGAGAUUGCCUCCAAAAAAUUUAGGUUGGAGGCGGCAAAAGCUUGUGUUAGCUCCAACCUCUUGGAAUCAGGGGUACGGACUCCGAAGCUAUCCCAAAAGGAUACUAAAUAGGACCAGGCUAGGUCAGAUCAACAAAAGCGACAUGUGGGAUGACGAUUCAUUCAAGGUCAGGGGCGCAAGGUGUUUGUUGCGUAACUGAACAGGAUCGACUACGGUUCUUCCUAAGGGUAUCGUCCCUCGGACGUUAUUAAGCUAGAUUCUGUCAUUUCACUUCCUUCAGAAAAUUACGCACCCGUUGAUAUCAACCUUUCUUAAGAAAGUUAAGGUGAAACCGCUAGUGUUAGCGAUUUUCCUUAAUGUCAUGUCAGAAGCCCAAAAGGGCGUUCAAACAGCAAACCUUAAAUGAAAUCCCUUUGUUUUGCAGACAAGAAUUCUUGCGCAAUCAUUAAAGGCCUUAAGACAAUACCAGCCUCCAAACAAAACGCAUUCCUAGGGAGGCGGUAUUAACAUAUUUCGGUCAGGAUUGCUCAUAUAUCCCCGAAACAGGACAAGAAAGUAGGGACGGCCCGAUCGCGCAAUACAGUUGGCCUUCUGCCAAAUUACAGGAGGGGUAAACAUGCCCGUGACCUAACCCUUACCGGAUAUUCGAAUCAGUCAUCAGCAUUAAGUGCGGUUCCUGCUUCGAUGUCCUGCCAAGGGGGGAAGAGAGGGGGACGCGUAAGCAAUCCAUACCCAAAUAACUAAGAGGUGGAAUCCUGUUCAUUGAAACUGACGAAAACUUCGAAUAAACCAUCCAUUAUCGACUGCAUAAAUACACGCAAUUGCGGAUGUUUUAAAGAACAAAUUCCCAACAUAUACGAAAAAACUAAUGUCUAUUGCCUCAGCCGCGAAUAUCCCCAGGAAACGCCUAAACUCCAUCCGGGACUGCUGACAUUGGAAGAAAACGGUUUCAGUGCAGAAAAAUUCCACGAACAGUGCUUCCUGACCGGAGUGAGUCGCUUUCAAUUCGAAGGUUAGGAAGUGCACAGUUCUAGUCCUAUCAGCAGUUUUAUGACUACCGGAAACCUGGUUUCCAACGGCCAGGGAAAAAACGCAGAUGGCGGCGCCCGAUAGGCCCUACAUUACAGAGUUCGCACGACUUAAUGUCCACAAAGAAAAAAAACCGACCACUGGAGGAUCGAGUAACAAGACUGACAGCCUUUACAUCCUGAGAGGCGUAGGUGACCGCGCUGCUGGUGCCCUUAGUGGCCUCUUCGCGUAGACUCCUGCUAAUGAAGGCCAACCGAGAGAUGGGAAAGGAGACACGUAGCUUAGACAAGGAAGCACAAACAAGAAAUGCUCUGUAAUUACUACUCUGUAGCUAAGAAUUGAAGAAUCAGACUACAGGACUGCGAAACGCGUGCACACUCAUUCGCUUCCCAGAAAGUUGGUCUGACAACCCUAAGUCACUUCUUAAGAUAUCUUGCGCUCCACUUGUACUCGAUUUCACAAUAUUUUGUUGCGACACCCUGGUUAGUACCACUUAGGGUCAUUCUGAAUCUCUUUGUUGCACUUCGUUGACAACGCAGAUUAGAACAGAUCAUAAAAACUGCUUUAGUGCCUAAUUUCUUUAAUGAAAUUAAGACUGUCUUUUAUCGUGAAGGUGGAAAAACAGUUGUCGUAUUAUUUAAAGUUCCUUCACAAAUCUCCGUGUGAGUCUGUGUUAAAGCAAAUCAGACAUACAGAGAAUCGACCGUAAAGUAAAAAUGCGGUCAUGACAACUAAUCUGCAGACUAAACAACGCGAUCUUAUUGCGAAAACCGUAAGGUUUCCGUCAUUUGUUGCAAGGCUGCUUAGAAUGGCCUUGUCGCACAAGUAGUAUAAACAAGUUUAAGUUGGUGCCAGGUUAUUUCAGUGGAUGUAAGGCUGGUAAAUGGGAGGCCUGAUGCGCGUCAAGUCUACACUUGAAGGAAUUCACACAGGAGGAGGUUACAACAUCGGUAGGCAGGGCAUUCCACGCUGCAAACACUCUGUGACUGAAAAAGAACUUUCUUCCAUUGAUCCUUGCUUUCCCGGCGAGUAGUUUUAGGGGAUGACCGCGCAAAGUGGGCGUGUUAGCUUGUGUGAAAUAAGCAGUGGGAUCUCAACAACAGUCUAGGCCGUUGAUGAUGCGAAAUGUUAGUAUAAGGUCACCACGUAAUUGCCUGCAGGAAAGUGAAAACAGGUUGAGAGUUGACAGUCGGGAUUCGUAAGACAGCGCUCCCAGACCUUGUGUCAUUUUGGUCACCCGUCUCUGGACCUUCUCCAAAACGGUAUAGUCCUUGACAGUCCAAGGUCUCCACGCCUGUAUGGCAUAUUCUAGACGAGGCCUCAUGUAGGUGCCAAAUAUUUUUGAAAAGCUGUCUGGGUGAAAUCCCAUAAAUGCUCGCUUAAUGAGUUGAAGUGUGGCCAUAGCCUAUUUAGCCGGCUUCGCACAGUGCAGUGUUGGUUUGAGUGAAGAUGUAAUCCAUACAUCCAAGUCCUUCUGACUGUUUAUUCGCCUUAUGACUCACAAGCCUCGCUAAAUACUCACAAAGGUCGAACGAGAUGAACCAAGGUAACUCAAGGCCGACAAGGACAUCGUCAUCGUGCCAGCGGACUAGGCACGUUCCACCGUCGUAGUGGACAGAACAGACUACCUUCAGAAGGUCAAGAACCUACUGGAGGAUCGCCAGUUUUAUGUCCCGUGUGAAACCAACCCCGUAAAGACGCUGACACACGAAAUUAAUGCGACACUGUUGGCACUGGAGAACUCGGGUGCAAUAACACCGACCGACCGACGCAAAGCGAGAGCCCAAGAAACGGCUUUGGCCCGAUUCAACGGUCUCUCCAAGGUGCCCAAGGAGGGCGCUCCUCUCCGGCCCAUCGUAACGCUUAAAGGCAUUCCAACGUACGGACUGGCAAAAGGGCUGUUUCGGCGCCUCAAAUUUCUGACUACUGAUUCGGAAACCACCAAAUGUUCGUCAACAAUAUUCCUGGAGAAGCUUAAAGAAGUAAGUCUCUUGCCAGAUGAGGACAUGGUAUUUUUUGAUGUCACGUCCCUCUUCACUUCUAUCUCCAAGGAUCUGACAAUCGAUACUGACGAGCUACUCCUACGAAACAAAUACAAUGAAACGGAGAAUCGUCUAGGACAUGCCCAAGUCCUUCAGCUCCUAAAGUUCUGUCUCAGGACGUACUUCAAGUUUGACGGAACACUCUACGAGCAAGUGAAGGGAAAACCAAUGGGCUCGCCGAUUUCGGGAUUCAUCGCCGAGGCGGUCCUACAGAGGUUAGAUUCGCUAGUCUUCCAACAUCACAGACCGAAAUUCUGGACUCGGUAUGUGGACGAUACCUUCGUCGUCAUCGAACGGGAUCAGGUGGUAACGCUCAAAGAACGUCUCAACAGCGGCUUCCCGGACAUACAAUUUACGACGGAGGAGGAAUAA